UUCCCUUUUCCUUCGUUUUGUUUAGAUAUUUUGGUGUAGUGUAGAUUUAACUGUUGUCGAUUUUAUCACCCAAUGGUGGUGAAAAUUGGGGACAGACUCAAAUGGCUGUGCUCCUUUAACCACUAAGCAUGGGUGCAAAUGUUUACCUGAUGAAUCCAUAACAGUCGAGGACUGUCUAAUUGAAAUUAGUAGUUAAGUUGAUGCUCAUAAUAUUGUGUCUGCAUCAAGGAUGAAUAAAGCGGUUGUUGUCUUUUUGAGAGAAGUUUGUUUGGUUCAGCAUUUGAUUGAAUUUGGUUUAUCCGUUAUAGAUAUGUGCUGCCUGGUUGACUCGCGUAUAUAGGAUGUUAGGGUUAUGGAGGCCCCGCCUCAAAGCCCGAGGCUCUCUCUCUCUCUCUCUCUCUCUCUCUCUCUCUCUCAUAACAAGUGCUAAUGAAAUCAAAAGUGAAAGUACGUCAAGAAAUGCGAUUACCUUAUGGCCUGUUUUGUUGCAUGCUGGAUCAAAUUUGGGACAUGUAAAUAGGUCUACAAAAUUUUCUGUAUUAAUCACUAAGAAGAAGUUAUUGAAGUUCCAGUAAACAAUGGACAAAGCAGAAGGGUUAAAAGAUCGAGAGUUUUCUCCAAGAUCAAGAAAGCGAUCAAGAUCAGUCUCUUCGGAGUCCACCUUCCUGUCUAUGAAAAGCCACAAAUCUAUUGUUGAUCCACCAAAUUUAAAAGAUGGCAGAAUUUCACCUGAAAGCAGUGGCAGACUAAACACCAUAAGAUCAGGAAUAAGAUCAAGAUCAGUCUCUACAGCACCCAGCUAUCUGACUAUGAAAAGCAAUAAGUCUAUUGUUGAUCCACCCAACUUAAAAGAUGACACAGUAUCACCUGGAGAGAGCUCAAACUCUUUUAUAACCAGCAUGCUGUCCAUCAGAAAUAACUGGUCUAGAGAUACAUCUAACAUUGAGAAAGAGGGAGACAUGGUACUACAACAAAGCUUUGAAUCUGAACAUGAUGGUUCAGCUGUUUUUGAGAAAUUCAAAUCAAACAUGCAAGAAAAAUUUCAGUGUUUGCAUGAAGGAACAGCAAAUCAGGGAACUUUGACAAACCUCAAUGACAUCUACACAAAAGUCUACAUCACAGAGGAUGGAGGUGGAGAAAUCAAUAAUGAACAUGAGAUCAGACAAAUUGAAAUAUUUAGGAGAGCAAGAACAGAAGAUACACCAGUCAAUCUGAAUGACAUCUUCAAACCCUUACCGGGACAAGACAACCCCAUCAGAACUGUUCUGACUAAAGGAGUCGCUGGCAUUGGAAAAACAGUCUCUGUGCAGAAGUUCAUUCUGGACUGGGCUGAAGGGAAAGCAAAUCAAGACGUCCACCUCAUAUUUCCACUUCCUUUCAGAGAGCUCAAUUUUAUGAAGAAUCAAAGUCUCAGUCUCCUGGGACUUUUUAAUACAUUUUUCAUAGGAGCAAAGGAAUUGGAAAUAAACAGUGAUGAAUAUAAAGUUUUCAUAAUUUUGGAUGGUUUGGAUGAGUGUCGUCUGUCUCUGGAUUUUCAGAACAGCGUGAGGUUGUGUGAUGUGACUGAAUCUGCUUCAGUGGACGUGCUGCUAACAAACCUCAUUGCAGGGAAUCUGCUUCCCUCUGCUCUCAUCUGGAUCACCUCCAGACCAGCAGCAGCUGAUCUCAUUCCCUCUGAGUGUGUCCAUCGAGUGACAGAGGUACGAGGGUUCAGUGACCCUCUGAAGGAGGAAUACUUCAGAAAGAGAAUCAGAGAUCAGAUCAUGGCCGAGAGAAUCAUCUCACACCUGAAGUCCUCAAGGAGCCUCUACAUCAUGUGCCACAUCCCAGUGUUCUGCUGGAUCUCAGCCACUGUUUUAGAGAAGAUGUUGGGUGAAGCAGAGAGUGGAGAAAUUCCCAAGACUCUCACUCAAAUGUACACACACUUCCUGGUCCUUCAGACCAAAAUCAACAAUGAGAAAGACUAUGAGAAGAAAGUGAAUGAUGAAGAUAUGAUCUACAAACUGAGCAAACUGGCUUUUCAGCAGCUUAUGGAAGGAAAUCUGAUCUUUUAUGAAGAAGAUUUGAGAGAGUGUGCCAUUGAUGUGACAGAAGCAUCAGUGUACUCAGGAUUGUGCACUCAGAUCUUCAGAGAGGAGUUUGUACUGUGUCAGAGAAGAGUCUACUGCUUUGUUCAUCUGACUAUGCAGGAACAUCUUGCAGCCCUGUAUGUGUACCUUUCCUUUAUCAACAAUAAGAUAAAUGUGUUCAAUAUCACACCAGAUCAAUAUACCACACCAUCUGUGUUCUCAAAUCCAGGAAUUUUUCUAUCUGACCUGCUUAAAAUUGCUGUUGAUAAAGCCCUGGCCAGUGCAAGUGGGCAUCUGGAUGUAUUCCUUCGUUUUUUUCUGGGCCUCUCAUUGGAGUCCAAUCAGGCUCUCUUAAAAGGCCUUCUUAAACAACCAGGAAGUAGCUCCGGUUGCACAGAAAAAACUAUUAAGUACAUCAAAAACAAGAUAAUGGGGAAUCCCUCUCCAGAGAAGUCCAUCAACCUGUUCCACUGUCUGAAUGAACUGGGUGACCAUUCUCUUAUCAAGGCAGUUCAGCAUUUUCUUAAUUCUGGAACAAUAAGAGGAACAAGACUUUCACCCUCGCAGUGGUCAGCUGUUGCCUUUGUGUUGCUGACCUCAGAAGAGCUGGAUGUGUUUCACAUGAGCAAGUAUGCCAGAAUGUGCAGUGACAUUGAUGAAGUUCUUGUGAGGCUGCUGCCUGUAAUUGAAGCUUCUAAAACAGCCCAUCUUCAUUAUUGUAUACUGUCAGAGAAGUGUUGUAAAGCUUUAGCCUCAGCUGUCAGUUCAAAGAACUCCUGUCUUAGGGAGCUGAACUUAAAUGGAAAUGGACUUAAGGAUGAAGGAGCGAUGGACUUCUUUUCUGGUCUAGAGGGUCCACAUUGUAAACUGGAGGUACUGAGGCUUGCAAACUGUAAACUGACAGACAAAAGUUGUUCUGAUAUGGCUGUAGCGCUUAAAACAAAAUUCUUGAGCUUGAAAGAGCUCAGCCUGAAUUGCAAUAACCUGCAGGACACAGGACUAAAGCAGCUUGCUGCUGGAUUACAGAAUUCAUACUGUAAACUGGAGAUAUUUAAGCUAUGGAAUUGUGGCUUUACUGAUGAAGGUUGUAUUGCCCUGGCCUCAGCUUUGAAUUCUAACCCUUUCCACCUGAGGGAAGUUUAUCUGGAUAGAAAUAAACUUGGAGACAAAGGAAUUAAUCUGCUCUCGGAUGUGUUGAAGAAUCCAUGCUGUAAACUGGAGGUACUGAGUAUGAUCAGAUGUGGUGUGACCAAUAAAGGUUGCUCUGCUCUGGCAUCAGCUUUGACAUCAAACCCCUCACACUUAAGAGAACUGGAUAUAUCAGAGAAUAAACUUGGAGACUCAGGAGUGAAGAAGCUCUCUGGUGGACUUGCAAAUCCUCUCUGCAAACUGAAAACACUGAGACUGAUGCAUUGUGGCAUCACUCAAGAAGGUUGUGCAGCUCUGAGAUCAACCUGUUUACACUUCAUAGAUCUGGAUCUGUCUGGGAAUAAACUAGGAGAUUCGGGUGUAAAGCAGCUUUCGGCUGGACUUUUCUGUAAUAUUGAGAUACUAAAGCUGAUGAAUUGUGGUGUCACAGAUGAAGGUUGUGCUGCUCUGGCUUCAGUUAUGAAAUUAAAUUCAACAGACCUGAAAGAGCUUUAUCUUGAUAGGAAUGAGCUCAGUGAUUCAGGAGUGAAGGUACUCUCUGCUGCUCUGGAGCACCCUCACUGUAAACUGGAGACAUUAAAGCUGUGGGAUUGUGGUAUUACUGAUGAAGGUUGUGCUGCUCUGGCUGCAGCUCUGACAUCAAACCCCUCACAUUUGAGAAAUCUUUAUCUAUUUGGGAAUAAACUUGGGUACUCUGCGGUGAAGCUGCUCUCUGCCCUAAGCGAUGACCCACAAAACAAAUUAGAGAAUUUUGAUUUAUACUAGAUGCGGUCCUUUAAGAACUGAAGAGUUGCUGUGAUUGAUACUUCUACACACAUCUGAAUGUCUGAACACAACUGAAGCAUGAUAACCCACCUGCUCAUGCUUAGCACAUCUGUCACUCAUCUUUGUUUUUCAGGGAUUUUUUUUUUUUCCGUGAAUCAUCAUGCUACAAAAUAUUUUAUGAAUUGUACACCAUAUUAUUAUCCAUUAUUAUUAUUUGUGUUACUAUAAUUUUAACUGUUGUUGGUCAUAAUCAAACCAAGUAAAGUAGUGUUUUAUAUGAAUAACAUACAUCUGGGUGUUAAUAAGAGUUAUUUCUUUUUUCUUUGUUAGUUUUUUUUUUCUUAGUUUAAGAUAUCAUUCAUCUUAAACUGUGGAAUAAGUUUAAGGAUUUUCAGUUUUCAUUGAUUUGUUUACAUAGAAUGAUUGAACAAUUAAAGAAAGCAUGUACAUCCAAAUAAUACCGAAAAUGUUGUGCACAACCAAAAUAUAUCAGCACACUGUUGCUCCCAAGGACAUGUACUGGUCUCACCAAAAGCGAUGUAACAUGCUGUAACUAAGGUUAUACAUAAAAGCACACCUAUCGACAAAUUACAUGACUAGAAAACAUGACAACAAACCAUGUUUUUAAAAUGUAGGAUUUACUUAAAUACAUAUUAGUUGCACUUUCAAGAAGUGGAGUCUAACAUUUCAUCACUGAUCUUUUGUUUUAUUUAUUUUUGUGAAAACAGAAAACUAUAUUUUAUAUUCAAUUUCCUUGUGUAUACUGUAACAUUUCAGGUCAGACUGAAUAGUUUACUGAUUUUUCAUGUUACAUAUGAAUGUCAUUGUCUGUUCUGCAAGAGAAUUAUCCACCUUUUUCUUGUUGUAAAACUGGGUCCGGCCAUUUGUAAAUUUUAUGGGUCUGGCUUCCAUUUCUCAUAAUUUAUUGAUGCUUUUCUGUCUCUGUAUAUUACAUUUAAAUCUAAAACCUAUGUUAAAUUGCUACACUAAUAUGUGUAGAAUGGUAUAAUUGACAGCAAAAAAAUUAUUGCAUUUUAAGCAACCUGAGUAGUACUGUGAUUAAAUUGAUAUGUUGUCAAGAAUAAAGUUAUUGGUGUUAACAUUG